AUGUCAGAAAUUCCCAAAACAGAUAGUUUGUCUUUGACAGAUGCAGACGUAGUCGAUAAGUCUUCGCAAGACGACCAGUCGUCCGACAUGUUGUUGUCUAUGGAGAGCGCUAAACCAACUUUCCUAGUUGUGGUUCUUGUCUGCUUUGCCUCUAUCUCUGGAUUUAUGUUUGGUUACGACACAGGUUAUAUCUCCUCUGCCCUCGUUUCUAUUGGAAAAGACUUGGGAAAAGAUCUUACCUACGGUGAAGAAGAGUUCAUCACCGCAGCUACUUCUCUUGGUGCUUUAAUCACUGCUAUAUUCGCAGGGUCCAUGGCAGACAUUUUUGGUAGAAAACCCGUCUUGAUGUUUUCUAACUCGCUGUUUAUUGUCGGUGCAAUCAUUCAGUGUGCUGCGCACACGGUCUGGACCAUGAUUGCCGGAAGAUUCAUCAUGGGUUUCGGUGUUGGUGUCGGUUCUUUAAUUGCCCCUCUCUACAUUUCAGAACUGGCUCCAUCCAAAUUCAGAGGUAGAUUGGUUAUCCUAAACUGUUUGGGAAUCACCGGUGGUCAACUGAUCGCUUAUGGUAUUGGUGCCGGUCUUGCCCAUGUCAACAACGGCUGGAGAGUCCAAGUUGGUUUGUCUAUCAUUCCUCCUGCUGUCCAGCUCGCUGCCUUCUUAUUCUUGCCAGACACUCCUAGAUUCCUCAUCUCGAAAAACAAGCUUGAAAAGGCUGCGAAGGUCAUUGCAAGAACUCACAGAGGUGCCACUCCGGAGUCCAUCAGCUACAAGAUUGCCGAGACUAAGACUCUCAACUCCUCUAUACCCGGAGACUCUGUUUUCUCCAAGACAUGGAACGGUAUCAAAGAGAUCCACAGAGUUCCAUCCAACUUCAGAGCACUUGUUAUUGCCUGUGGAUUGCAAGGUAUCCAACAAUUCACCGGUUUCAACUCGCUCAUGUACUUUUCUUCCACCAUUUUCAAAGCCAUUGGUUUCGACAACUCCACCGCUGUUUCCAUCAUUGUGUCUGGAACCAAUUUUGUUUUGACGGUGGUUGCUUUCUUCAUCAUUGACAAGGUCGGCCGCAGAAGAAUGCUCUUGGUGUCCUUGCCUGUCAUGAUGAUUGCACUUAUCGUGAACGCUAUCGCCUUCCACUAUGUUCCUCUCAAGUUCGAAAACGACUCUGUCGAGUUGACUGACCAGGUCAGCAACUGGGGAUACGUUAUUAUGGUGUUUAUGAUCAUCUACGUUGGUGCAUACGCUGUUGGUAUUGGUAACGUUCCAUGGCAACAGUCCGAACUUUUCCCGCAAAGUGUUAGAGGUGUUGGAGCAUCGUAUGCUACAGCCACCAACUGGUCCGGUUCGUUAGUCAUUUCGUCUACAUUCCUCACUAUGUUGGAGCACAUCACUCCAACCGGUACUUUUGCAUUAUUCGCUGCACUGACUGCUGUUUCCAUUGUUUUCUGUUACCUCUUCUACCCAGAGCUUUCCAACCUUGCUCUGGAAGAGACCCAACAGUUACUCACUGGCGGUUUCAACAUCAAAGAGUCGGUUGCCUUGGCCAAAAAGAGAAAGCACCAGAAGCUUUCGUCCACCGGAUCCAUCGACAAACCAGACUUGGAGUAUGUUGACCGGGUGAGCAACAGCAACUCAGUUUAG